GAGAAAUGCUAAAAUUCACCAAAGAAGGAUCACAGACCUCCCGAGAGCUGUUUUUGCAUCAAAAGAGAGCUUCCGGCUCUCUUGUUUUGAAAGAAGUUAUUCCUUGGACAAAUUCUUCUUCGUAUAUCCAAUGAUUGAUGCAGCAGGUGCAUUUUCAUCUAGAAAAUAACAUCCAUAAUAUGUAUCGUCACAAAUGUCAGUUCUUAAUCAGCACUCUCUCCAUUUUCAUUGUUGUGCUGGUGUGUUUGAUUGCUAACUCAGUCAUCGACAAGGCCCCAGUAAUCUUCCUCCGACUUGCAGAACAAAACUCAGGAGAAAUAGAUGCUUUUCUCCUUCCAGCAAGUCCUACCAGAGUUGUGGACUCUUCUUCUGGGAAGAAGAAACUGUUUACCACUCUGAACUACACAGCAGUUCAGGAAGAGCUUCCUCGGGUGAAUCUAACUCCUCGGAACUACAUGAAAGCUUUUAUGCAUAAGGCUGAUGACCAUCCCGCCGAGCAGUCCAAAACUCCUUUGGAUUGAAAGCUAUGACAUCGUGAGCAAAAGUUUCUAAACGACAUUUCAUUAGUGUUCAUGGAUACAGACAGAGAACGAGAAAUUAAAAUUGGAGUCAACUACCAUUUUCCCAAACUCUUCAAAAAUGAGUGAAUUAUUUCAAGAAGUCUAUUGAAGGAGAGCAAGCUCAAACUUGGAAGCAUGGCCAAGGUCACCUUUGAUGGAGAGCACAUUCUCAAUAUAUUAGCUACUAAGCUUUCCAAAAUAUCUCAUUUUCCUUUGCCAUCAAUUCAUGAUAUUGGAUCAAUAGAAGUUGAGUGAUUACUAAAAUCAGAAAUUGCGGAAUCUUUUGGAAAAAUGGAUGAUCAAUCAGUUGAAAAAGUUCUGAUCCUAGAGUACGAAUAUAUGUUCGAUUACGUGAUCGACCACGUUAGGAAAAGUCUGAAUCGCAAGGAGCAAUCAGCAAUGCAUCAAGCUGCUAGCAGGCUCUUGAUCCAGAGUGCUGAUCAGCAAAAUCCGUACCAUUAUGCAUCGACAAUUUUGAUGACUUUCCCUGAGCCUCGACUUGACUAUUACAAAAACUCAGACUACAACGAACUCUUGCAGUCAUCUCUCGCUGAAAUGAAUUCUCUGACUCAGAAGCUGGGAUACUACCCCAUCAGUGUAGAACUUCCUCUGCUGAAGCAAAUGGAGCAGUUCAGUGUCGCGAUCUUGUUUAUGGGGUUGCUCUUCUCGAUGAUCUUGGCAGUCUUUUUGGCGAUCAGCAUCAUCCUCAUCUACGGCUUAUUACUUGUCAACGUGCAGCAGAAGAGCUUCGAACACGGAAUCAAACGCAUGCUGGGCUCAUCCAAAUGGGGCCUCGUCAAAGAUGUUGCAGUGCAGACGCUGUGCUUUGUUGUCCCUGGAAUCAUUUUUGCAUUCUUAUGAUCAUUCCUAAUUCUGAGAGUUAUUUACUACUACUUCUUUGAACAGCAACUAGGUCUGAAGAUGGACCCGAAUCCUACUUACUUUGCAGUCUGAAAUGCCAUCAUGCUCGGACUAGUGAUUCCAUUUGUGAGUUCGUUAAUCCCCAUCAAAAAUGCCUUAUCCCAGAACCUCAAUGAUGCGCUUGACUUUGAGAGAUCUCAGACCAAAGCAGAGGUGAUUGAAGUAAUAAAUCCAUCAUCCAAGAACAUCAGAAUUGUUCUUAUCAUUGGAGCAAUCUCAGCAAUAUAUGGAUUCAUCAUUUUUGUUUUACUGCCACAGUCUCUAAUGUCUCUAAACUUUGGGAUAAUUCUUGCAGUAUUCUUCCUAAUCCUAGGUGGCUUUCUAGUGGGUGUGGUUUUGGUGGCAAUGAACUUCCAACACAUCAUUGAAGUAGCCAUCACUCUCAGUCUGUUUUGGUUGGAAAGAACUUGCAUCAGAACUCUGAUUCUCAAAAACUUGAUUGCGCAUCGAAUCAGGAACGCUUCGACAACAUUGGUGUACGCUCUGUCACUGAGCUUCCUGAUUCUAUGUGUUGUGUCGUACAGUUUGCAAGUUCAAAACAUCACUUUGGUCAAGACCAAAGACUGGGGUGAAAUAAGGCUGGGAGGGAAGGAUCACUUUCUUCUUUAUGAGAGAGUUGAAGAAUAUAUAAAGAAAAACCCCGAGAAGAUUGCGAACUUUGGUUACAAAGGUCAUGUUCUUGAAAAUUACUAUUAUUCUGACUCAUUUGCAAGUCCACACUCGCGUUAUUCCUCUCAACCUGUCCAAAUAAGCUCAGUCUCGCCUUCUUUAUUUGAAACUCUCAACCAGGAUCAAAUCAAGAUAAACUAUGCAAGUGAAUCUGCUCUUACAUUCGGAGAACAGCUCUACACAAAAGAUGGAUCACAUGGUUCAGGCCUUGGAUCCUAUUUGUCUGAAAAACUCCAUUUGUUCCCUCAAAAGUUUGAGAGUUCCUUCCUCGUGACAAUCCCAGACUCAGACAGUGGCCGAGAGACUUCAUCAUUCUUCACUCUGAAACCUACUUUCAUUCUUGACUCAGCUCCUGGGCUGGGAAUUGGUAGCAGGAAGCACUCAGACAAGCCAGAAAUGGUUGUUUCUUUCACUACGAAAGAGUUCCUUUACACAAAGCUGUCUCGUCCAAGAAGAAUGAUUCCAGUUAAGUAUGCUUACCUCACUCUAACUGACUCGAAGUACGCAGCCGAAGUGAUUACCUACAUGAAACAGUUCACCGAAGUAAACUCCGUCUAUGAUGCCGAAGAGGUGCUCAAAGAAGUCAAAGCAAUCCUGGAUACAAUCUUCAGCGUGCUGAUUUGUCUGAGCAUGUUCCUGUGUCUGUUCUCGCUGGUUUCCUCAACUUCAGCCAACAUGAUGGAGCAAAGCAAAGAAGUCGGAGUCUUGAGAGCAAUCGGCUUCACCAAAUUCAUGGUCAAGCGCCUCUAUUUCUAUGAAACAUUUGUGCUGGUCUUCGCGAGUUCGUGAUUGGGCAUCAUCGUGGGCACCUUUGUUGGUUGGACCAUGACUGUGCAACAAGCGAACUUUCUCUCUAUCCCUAUUGCAUUCUAUUUCCCAUAUAAGCACUUGCUUUGGGCAUGAUUAGCAUCUCUAAUAUGUGCAUUGGUGGCCAUAUGGGCACCAGCAUCAAAAAUUUUAUCAAAAGAGAUUUCAGAAAUCUUCAAAAUUAAUUCUUAAGCCAUAUUUAAA